AUGCUAUUAUUUUGUUUGUUAUCUAGGGAUUGGUCUGCUUUUUUUUUUUUUACCCUACUUUCUAUUCCUUUUUCCUAUACUUUUUCCCCACUUUGUUUGCCUCCCCUCUUUUCUUUCCCCACUUUGUUUGCCUCCCCCUCUUUUCUUUCCCCCACUUUGUUUGCCUCCCCUUUUUUUCUUUCCCCCACUUUGUUUGCCUCCCCCUUUUUUCUUUCCCCACUUUGUUUGCCUCCCCCCUUUUUCUUUCCCCACUUUGUUUGCCUCCCCUCUUUUUCUUUCCCCACUUUGUUUUCCCCUCUUUUUUUUUUCCCCACUUUGUUUUCCCCUUUUUUCUUUUCCCCACUUUGUUUGCCUCCCCCUCUUUUUCUUUCCCCACUUUGUUUGCCUCCCCCUCUUUUUCUUUCCCCACUUUGUUUGCCUCCCCCUCUUUUUCUUUCCCCACUUUGUUUGCCUUUUUUUUUCCCCACUUUGUUUGCCUCCCCUCUUUUCUUUCCCCACUUUGUUUGCCUCCCCUCUUUUUCUUCCCCACUUUUGUUUGCCUCCCCCCUUUUUCUUUCCCCCACUUUGUUUGCCUCCCCUCUUUUUCUUUCCCCCACUUUGUUUGCCUCCCCCUUUUUUCUUUCCCCACUUUGUUUGCCUCCCCUUUUUCUUUCCCACUUUGUUUGCCUCCCUUUUUUUUCUUUCCCCACUUUGUUUGCCUCCCCUUUUUUUUCUUUGUUUGCCCCCCUUUUUUUCCCCACUUUGUUUGCCUCCCCCUCUUUUCCCCACUUUGUUUGCCUCCCCCUUUUUUCUUUCCCCACUUUGUUUGCCUCCCCUCUUUUUCUUUCCCCACUUUGUUUGCCUCCCCUCUUUUUCUUUCCCCACUUUGUUUGCCUCCCCUCUUUUCUUUCCCCCCUUUGUUUGCCUCCCCUCUUUUUCUUUCCCACUUUGUUUGCCUCCCCCUUUUCUUUCCCCACUUUGUUUGCCUCCCCCUUUUCUUUUUCCCCACUUUGUUUCCCCUCCCCCACUUUGUUUGCCUCCCCUCUUUUUCUUUUUUUUUUGUUUGCCUCCCCUCUUUUCUUUCCCCACUUUGUUUGCCUCCCCCCUCUUUUUCUUUCCCCACUUUGUUUGCCUCCCCUCUUUUCUUUCCCACUUUGUUUGCCUCCCCCUCUUUUCUUUCCCCCUUUUUCCCCCUUUUCUUUCCCCACUUUGUUUGCCUCCCCUUUUUCUUUUCCCCACUUUGUUUGCCUCCCCCUCUUUUUUUUUUCCCACUUUGUUUGCCUCCCCUCUUUUUCUUUCCCCACUUUGUUUGCCUCCCCCUUUUUCUUUCCCCACUUUGUUUGCCUCCCCUUUUUUUCUUUCCCCACUUUGUUUGCCUCCCCUUUUUUUUUCCCCACUUUGUUUGCCUCCCCUCUUUUCUUUCCCACUUUGUUUGCCUCCCCCUUUUUUCUUUCCCCCACUUUGUUUUUUUUUUUCCCCACUUUGUUUGCCUCUCCCCUUUUUUCUUUCCCCACUUUGUUUGCCUCCCCUCUUUUUCUUUCCCCUUUGUUUGCCUCCCCUCUUUUUUUUUUUCCCCACUUUGUUUGCCUCCCCCCUCUUUUUCUUUCCCACUUUUUUGCCUCCCCCCCCUCCUUUUUCUUUCCCACUUUGUUUGCCUCCCCCUCUUUUUCUUUCCCCCACUUUGUUUGCCUCCCCUCUUUUUCUUUCCCCACUUUGUUUGCCUCCCCCUUUUUUCUUUCCCACUUUGUUUGCCUCCCCUCUUUUUUCUUUCCCCCCACUUUGUUUGCCUCCCCCUCUUUUUUCUUUCCCCACUUUGUUUGCCUCCCCCUUUUUUUUCUUUUCCCCACUUUGUUUGCCUCCCCUCUUUUCUUUCCCACUUUGUUUUCCCCUUUUUUUUUUCCCCACUUUGUUUGCCUCCCCCCUCUUUUUCUUUCCCCACUUUGUUUGCCUCCCCUUUUUUUUCCCCUUUGUUUGCCUCCCCCUUUUUUCUUUCCCACUUUGUUUGCCUCCCCUUUUUUUUUCCCACUUUGUUUGCCUCCCCCCUUUUUUCUUUCCCCACUUUGUUUGCCUCCCCUUUUUUUCUUUCCCCACUUUGUUUCCCUCCCCUUUUUCUUUCCCCACUUUGUUUGCCUCCCCUUUUUUCUUUCCCCCCUUUGUUUGCCUCCCCCUUUUUCUUUUCCCCACUUUGUUUGCCUCCCCUCUUUUUUUUCUUUCCCCACUUUGUUUGCCUCCCCCUCUUUUCUUUCCCCACUUUGUUUGCCCCCCCUUUUUUCUUUCCCCACUUUGUUUGCCUCCCCUCUUUUUCUUUCCCCACUUUGUUUGCCUCCCCUCUUUUUCUUUCCCCACUUUGUUUGCCUCCCCUCUUUUUUCUUUCCCCACUUUGUUUGCCUCCCCUCUUUUUCUUUCCCCCCACUUUGUUUGCCUCCCCUCUUUUUCUUUCCCCACUUUGUUUGCCUCCCCCUCUUUUUCUUUCCCCACUUUGUUUGCCUCCCUUUUUUUCUUUUUUCCCCACUUUGUUUGCCUCCCCUCUUUUCUUUCCCCCUUUGUUUGCCUCCCCUUUUUUUUUUUUCCCCACUUUGUUUGCCUCCCCCUCUUUUUCUUUCCCCACUUUGUUUGCCUCCCCCUCUUUUUUCUUUUCCCCCACUUUGUUUGCCUCCCCUCUUUCUUUUCCCCACUUUGUUUUCCCCUCUUUUCUUUCCCCCUUUGUUUGCCUUUUUUUCUUUCCCCACUUUGUUUGCCUCCCCUCUUUUUUCUUUCACUUUGUUUGCCUCCCCUCUUUUUUUUUUUUUUUGCCCCCUCUUUUCUUUUCCCCUUUUUGUUUGCCUCCCCCUUUUUCUUUCCCCCAACUUAUCCUUUUUUUAUUUAACUUUCUUCUACCUAUUUUUUCUUCUUUUCUUCCCUUACAAAUUUUCAUUUUUCAACUUCCCACAAUUUUUCAUUUUCAUUUUUCUUUCUCCCCACAAAUUUUUUCAGAGUGGCGGAGGAGGGGGAGUUCUUGCAAACAUUCCCUUUCCUCAUCUCUUUCUCAUUCCUCACUUUACAAUAUUCAUUUUCUUUGUUUUAUCAUAUUACCUUCAAUGGAGGGCAUAA